CACGCAUCGCAUCUGCAGAACAUCAGUACCUGCAGCCGCCAUGUCUUCCGAGCCCAUCGCCGGUGACUUUGAUCAUCCCAACCAGCAACUCCGCCGAUCGGUUAUCAUUGCCUUGCCGUUUGCCUUCGCUCUCUCCACGAUUGCGGUGGUGCUGCGCCUCGUUGCACGCCGAAUCACGGGCACGCGGCUGUACCUGGACGACUAUCUGAUCCUCGUGGCUCUGCUCUUCAAAUAUGGCUGUUCCAUCGGGGUGGUUAUCUUGCUCUGGAAUGGGAUGGGGUCCCAUAUCACCAUGAUUCCCCAGAAGAACCUGGACGUCUAUUUCAAGAUCGGCUGGUCCAAUGGCUUCGUCUACCCCUUGUGUGUCGCCUUUAUCAAGCUCUCCAUCCUGGCAUCCUACAAGCGGCUCUUCGCCGCCCGCAGCAUGUCCCGCGCGGUGAACCUGGUCGCCCUCGUCGUGAUUCUCUGGGCGAUCAUCGUCAGCCUAGUCGGGACCUUCCUGUGCCUCCCCGUCGCCAAGUUCUGGCAUCGCGCCCUGCCCGGACGCUGCCUGGACGCAACGAGCUUCUACUACGGCCAGCAGAUCCCCAACAUCGUGACCGAUCUGAUCCUCCUCCUUCUCCCGCUGAAGAGUGUGUGGGCCCUGCCCAUCUCCAAGACCCAACGCGUCCUCCUCUCGGGGGUGUUCCUCGUGGGCAUUCUAACCCUCGCCUUCGAUAUCGUCCGCUUGAUCGCCAUGAUCCAUGUGACGCAGAUCGGCCCGGACAUCACCUACAACCAAGCCCCCAUGGCAGUGUGGACCUGCACCGAAGCUGCGGUAGGUAUCAUCGCCGCCUGUCUUUCGCAUCUACGCCCGCUCUUCCAUCUCGCCAGCCCGCGCCGGCUCGUCCGCCGUCCCAGCCCGGACAUGCGCAAACGCCAGCUCAAUCCACCCCCGGAGGAAGGCUUCUCCACCGACGAUACGCUCUUCGACCCGUGGGGCACGCAGCACAGUGGGUUUACAGGUCACAGUGUGUGUGUAGAGCUGGGCAAGUAGUUCUGCAGGGACCGACGUCGAGAGACCUGCCGGUGAGAGGGUGCCGGCAGGGGUUGAGUUGCCGUGCUAUUAGUGUAUAUACCUACCAUUCGUG